AUGUCAAAUGCUUUAGAGCUGCCUGGUGAGGCCAAUCCUUUGACUGUCCAGAAUCUCUUCUAUGCUUUAGAAGGGGCGGCGAGUUCAACACACCAACGGGUGCGGGUUGGCACCCAGCAGCUCCAGCAUUGGGAAAAACAGGAUGGCUUUUAUCCUCUGCUUCAGGAAGCAUUUCUGCGUCAUUCCCUUCCCAUAGAAGUUCGUUAUCUGGCCAUCAUUCAACUAAAGAACGGUAUCGACAAGUACUGGCGCAAGACGGCUACGAAUGCUAUAAAAAAGGAAGAUAGGGACCGAAUCAAAACCAGAGCCCUCGAAGCCGGUAUUGUGGAACCGUCACCGCAAUUAGCUCUUCACAAUGCUCUAGUCGUGGCUAAAAUUCUACGUUACGAGUUUCCUAAUAGCGAAUGGCCUGAGGCUAUUCCUUCCCUGAUCUCUUCGCUCCGUACCGCUGCUCAGCCUGGCACGAAUCCGAUGCAACUUCCACGAACCCUUGCUAUCUUGCUGCAAAUUAUCAAAGAGCUUUCGACAGCACGGAUGCAGAGGGUGCGCGCGAGCCUUCAAUCCGUGUCUCCCGAGAUAUUCCGACUGUUGGGUACCAUCUACAUUGAAAAAGUGAACAGCUGGACCACUCUGUUAGAACAAGGUUCCCUCGAUAAUGAGGUAUUGUUGGGACUACUCGAGCAGUCUCUGACAUCUCUCAAAGUCCUCCGUCGAUUAAUAAUAUCUGGGUUUGAACAUCCCAGCCGGGACAAAGACGUUCAAGAAUUCUGGCAACUUAGCAACGCCCAGUUCACCAAGUUUUUCACUUACGUUGAAUCAGGCUCCAAUCUCUCUACUCAGGUAGUGACUUUCAUUGGGAAACAUCUUCUCCAGCUUUCAAAACUCCAUGUGGAAAUGGCGAAAUCCCAUCCUGCUUCUUUUGGGCUACUUUCAGAUUGCGUUCCACUAGUCAAGUCAUAUUGGACUAUUGUAUCCAAACUUGGAGAGAUUUACGAAGCCGAGACUCAAAAUAUAGAUGGUGGGAGCAGCGAAGAUUCGGAACAGAAGAGUAUAAUAGAUCGACUUGGCUUAAAGGCAUUGCUACUAAUACGCGCCUGUGCCAAGAUGGCCUUCCACCCAGUCCAUACUUUCAAAUUCCAAAAGCAAGAGGAAAAGGAGGAAAGAAACAGAUCAGUGGAGCUUGUCAAGUCACAGCUAUUCACUGAAGACUUCGUAAUCAUGGUUAUGGAACUGCUCAUCUCGAAGUUUUUUAAACUUCGUCGAAUCGACUUUCAGGAAUGGGAAGAAGAGCCGGAAGAAUGGGAGAGAAAAGAAGAUACGAUAUCUGAAGCAUGGGAGUUUUCGAUCCGGCCUUGCUCGGAAAAGCUCUUUUUGGAUCUUAUUAUUAGUUUCAAAACACUCCUGAUCCCACAGCUAUUGAAUGUCUUCUAUUCCUUUGCAAAUCCACAAAAUCGCGAUAUCCUGAUGAAAGACUCCUUAUACUCUGCCAUUGGGCUAGCUUCCGCCUGCCUGGAGCAACAUCUAGACUUCAACACUUUUAUUGAGUCCACCCUUAUCCCCGAAGUGCAGAUCCACGACGAAGGCUACAAAGUGUUGCGAAGAAGAACUGCAAUUGUAAUCGGUCAAUGGAUGCCUGUGCAGCCUGAAAAGUUGAACCAUUCAUUCAUUUAUCAAGUGUUUCAGCAUCUAUCAAACAGGGAUGAUCCACUAAACGAUCUUGCUGUUCGUAUUACAGCGGGACGGCAACUGAAAAAUGUUCUGGAUCCAUUCGAAUUUUCUCCUCAAGCGUUCUUGCCCUACGCUACUCCAAUACUGCAGAAUUUGCUCACGUUGAUUCAAGAGGUCGACCAGGCUGAGACCAAGAUGGCGCUGUUGGAGACAGUGAGAACGGCUGUGGUGAAGAUGGAAGACCACAUUCUGCCAUUUUCGGACCAAAUAAUAUCUCUUUUACCACCACUCUGGGAACAAUCCGGAGAGGCACAUCUAAUGAAACAAGCCAUCUUGACUCUGCUCUCGUCCCUAAUGAAUGCGCUCAAGGGUGACUCGGUCAAGUAUCAUGGUGACCUUCUGCCACUCAUCGAAAACUCGUUAGAGCCUGGAUCGGAAAGUAUCGUAUACCUGCUUGAGGAAGCACUAGAGCUCUGGGCUGCAGUGCUUACCCAGACACCAGCUCCUGCCUCCCCUGGAGUUUUAUCGCUACUUCCCAGACUCUUCCCAAUAUUUGAGGCAGCCACAGAUAGUGCACCGUUAGCUCUCCAAAUCGCCGAAAGCUAUAUUCUCCUUGCUCCCCAGGAAGUACUUAACGACCAAAACCGCACGCCAUUUCUAGUUUCAUUAGAAUCCUUGCUGUCAUCUGCUUACCGUCAACGUGUUGGGGUGGUUCCUCAUUUGGUAGAAAUGCUCAUCCGGUCAGCCGAGACCAUUGAUGGAGGAAGCACAAAUUCGUACAAUGUCAUCGCUAGAUCACUUCUAGACAGCUCUUUUCUACAUACCAUUCUAGAGGGUCUUCACUCCGCCCACCAAUCCAGCCAAACGACUGGACCGAACCGAAUAACAUCUGAUAUAUAUGGUGUUCUUGAAACAGACUACUUCAGUGUUGUAGCAAGACUAGCGCUGGGAAACCCACAAGUAUUCUUUUCCGCCAUUUCGACAGCAACCGGGACUUCCGAAGAGCAGGUUCUAUCCUGGCUUCUAACAGAGUGGUUCUUUCAUUGGGACAACAUCGGCUUGGUAACGCAGAAAAAACUGCACGCUCUCGCCCUCACCCAGCUGCUCGCGAUCAGCACAAUAAAGAACGCCCCUCCCCCAACCUACCUUCUCAACCAUCUCCAAUCCUACCUCACCAUCUGGACCGAUGUCGUCACCGAACUCUCCGAAGGCACUGAAGCAACCGACGACCCACACGCCGCCAAGGACUACCUUAUCUACUGGAAUAAGGCCGAGACGAGCGCUGCCAGCAUGGAAAACGAGCCACCCGAGAGCAAGCGUCGCCGCGAAUGGGAGUCCUCCGACGUAGUCCACCGCAUCAACAUCCGAGACUUCAUCAAGGAGCGGCUGCAAGCUGUAAUCAACGCAUGUGGCGGCGCACAGCAGUUUCAAAACGAGUGGUUGGUGAAUGUCGACCGCGAAGUCUUGACUGAAUUUGGCUCGUUGGGGAUUUUGUAA